ACAGUAAGACCCAAACACCGGAAUCGUAUUGCAGGCAAAGUCAUGGUUCCACUCCCACAGGCCACAACAAAACUGAGUAUCUGAAGUUCACAGAGCUUUGGGGGAGAAAACUAUGGCGUCGGUAGGAGGUGCCGCCGGUGGAGGCGUAGAGUGGCACGUCCGGCCACCUAACCCUAAGAAUCCCGUAGUUUUCUUCGACGUCACCAUUGGCACUAUUCCCGCCGGCCGUAUCAAGAUGGAGCUCUUCGCCGAUAUUGCUCCCAAAACUGCCGAGAAUUUUCGGCAGUUCUGCACCGGAGAAUACAGGAAAGCUGGAUUGCCUGUUGGUUAUAAGGGAUGCCAAUUCCAUAGAGUAAUCAAGGAUUUCAUGAUUCAAGCUGGUGAUUUUGUCAAGGGUGAUGGCAGUGGAUAUGUUUCUAUUUAUGGACAUAAGUUUGAGGAUGAAAAUUUUGUUGCUAAACACACCGGCCCUGGUUUAUUGUCAAUGGCAAAUAGUGGGCCCGGCACUAAUGGAUGUCAGUUCUUUAUUACUUGUGCCAAAUGCGAUUGGCUUGACAACAAGCAUGUGGUGUUUGGGAGAGUUCUGGGCGACGGACUUUUGGUUGUCAGGAAGAUUGAGAAUGUAGCUACUGGACCUAAUAACCGACCGAAGCUGGCUUGCGUUAUCGCUGAAUGUGGCGAAAUGUAAUACUUGAUCUAUAAACUUCUAAUGUGGUUUUCCAAAAUAUUUCUCUAACUGUUAUAGAGCUUUUGCCUUCACUACUAGUUUCUGCCGGAAUGAAGAAUAGACCAUGAUUUUUUAAGGAUGUGAAUCUGUUUUGUAUUUCUUCCUUGUAUUGGUCACACACAGUAUUGAAGCAUCAGGGAGUGUCAUGCA